UUACAUUAUAUAGAAGAACAUCUUAUAAGAAAUGUAUGUAUCAAUGAAGUGUGGAUUAUAUUAGCGAAGCGUGAAGUGUAAUUUAUAUAUCAAAAAGUUAUACGAGAAUAGAUAAAAAGUUUAGUCGACCGUUUAAAAAUAUAUUAACAUUUUAACACAGUGAUUAAAAAAAGGAACUGAUGAGAAAAUAAUGGCCUACAUUGAAAUCUUAUGCGGAAUCAUCGUGUCGCUCUUGGCUUUCUAUUAUUAUUUCAUAUCGGCUUUCAAUUUUUGGAAAAAUCGUGGAAUCCCUGGACCAAAGCCAAAAUUUUUAUUUGGAAACAUUAUGGACAUCAUAUUGUCAAGAAUUUCAACACCUAUGUUUAUUAAAAACAUCUACGAUACGUAUACGAACGAGUCUAUGGUCGGAUUGUACAUGGGACGAAAUCCUAUUCUAUUUCUAAAAGAUCCGGAACUAAUCAAGGAUGUAUUGAUCAGGGAUUUUUCGAAAUUCGCAGAUCGAGGAUUUAAUGUUCAUGAAAAGGUAGAACCAUUGUCGCAGCAUCUUUUCAACCUGGAGCCAAAAAGAUGGCGUCCGUUGAGAUCGAAGCUAUCCCCGAUGUUCACAUUGAAAAAAUUGAAAGAAAUGUUCAAUCUGAUCCUCGAGUGUGGCCGCCAUUUUGAAAAAUAUCUGGACGAGCUUGCGGCGCAACGAGAGCCCGUCGAUUUUCGCGAGGUAGCAGCAAAAUACACGACAGACGUGAUCGGUUCGUGCGCCUUCGGAAUCAACAUGAACGCUAUGUCGAACGAGGAGAGCGAAUUUCGAGAAGCUGGUAAAAAAAUCUUUGAACCCACUUGGAACUCUGUAAUACGAUUGAAAUUCAAAAUGACCAUGCCAGCGUUCUACGAUUUCUUGGGUCCUCUUAUACCUGAAAGGGAAGUUACUCCGUUUUUCAUCAAGGUCGUCACGGAUACCGUGAAGUACAGGAAAGAGAAUAACGUGUUCAGGCCCGACUUUAUCGAUAUGUUGAUGAAACUUCGCGAUGAACCAGAAAGCUUGAGAAAUAUCGAAUUGACCGAUGCUUUCCUAACUGCGCAAGCAUACGUUUUCUUCGCCGCUGGUUUUGAAACUGGAGCGUCGACGAUUAGUAAUACGCUUUACGAAUUGGCACAAAAUCAGAAAAUACAAAACAAGCUGAGGGAAGAGAUUCGGGAACAUUACGAUAAAUACAAGGGAGAGUUAAUAUACGAGAAUAUUAAAGAGAUGAAAUACUUGGACAAAGUGUUUAAAGAAACAUUAAGGAAAUAUCCACCAGGAACUUUAAUACCAAGAAGAUCAGUAUCUGAUUACACUUUCAGAAACAAUGUUACUAUACCGAAAGGUACAAUGAUAUGGAUUCCUGCAUUCCCGAUUCAUCGUGAUGCCAACAUUUAUCCAAAUCCUGACGAUUUCAAUCCCGAAAAUUUCACCGAAGAUGCUAUUAAUAAUCGUCAUCCCAUGAAUUAUUUAGCCUUUAGCAAUGGACCAAGAAAUUGCAUCGGUGCACGCUUUGCUAAUUAUCAAGUCAAAGUCGGUUUAAUUAUGAUUCUUCGUAGUUACAAAGUGGAAGUUUGCGAGAAAACUAUGAUUCCCUACCAAUUCGAUCCAAAUUUAUUUCUAUUAGGUCCCAAAGGAGGAAUAUAUUUAAAAAUAACGAAAAUAGCAUCAACGAGCAGUUUCGAAAUUUUAUGCGGCAUUGCCGUAUUGUUUCUUGCCCUCUAUUACUAUUUCACAUCAACGUUUGAUUUUUGGAAAAGUCGUGGAGUGGUUGGACCGAAACCUAUACCAUUUUUUGGCACUAUGAAGGAUUUGAUAUUGAUUAGAAAAUCGACGGCUCAUUUCAUCAAGGAUAUUUACGAGAAUUACAAAAACGAACCAAUGGUUGGUUUAUACUCGAAAAGAUCGCCUUUUCUUCUCUUAAAUGAUCCAGAACUCAUCAAAGAUAUAUUAAUUAGAGAUUUCUCCAAAUUUGCAAAUCGAGGAUUGGGAGUUUUUGAAAAGACGGAACCAUUAUCACCGCAUCUAUUAAACUUGGAAGUAGAAAGAUGGCGACCAUUGAGAUCCAGGCUCUCCCCAAUAUUCACAUCAGGAAAAUUAAAAGAAAUGUUCUAUCUCAUAAUCGAGUGCUCGCUAAAUUUAGAAACAUAUUUGGACAAGUUAAUCGAAAAAAAUGAGCCCAUCGAGUGCCGUGAAUUAACAGCAAGAUUCACGACCGACGUGAUCGGUUCUUGCGCGUUCGGUAUCGAUAUGAGCUCGAUGACGAACGAAAAUAGCGAAUUCCGUAGAAUGGGUAGAGAAGUAUUCGCUGUGAACUUAAUAAACGUUAUGCGGUUGAAGUUGAAACAAUUCAUGCCAAGACUGUACGAUUUACUCGGUUAUGUAAUGCCUGACCGAACAUUCGCACCAUUCUUUACACGAGUUGUGAUGGAUACAAUAAAGUACAGAAAUGAUAAUAAUAUUGUUAGACCAGAUUUCAUCAACAUGUUGAUGGAGCUCAAGAAAAAUCCGCACAAAUUGGAAAAUAUCAAAUUGACGGAUUCACUAAUCGCAGCACAAGCAUUUGUAUUCUUUCUUGCGGGCUUUGAAACUUCAUCGACGACUAUGAGUAAUGCUCUCUAUGAAUUAGCUUUAAAUCAAGAUAUACAGAAAAAGUUACGUGAAGAAAUCAAUACAUUUUGUGCUAAAAAUAAUAAAGAAUUGAAAUAUGAUGACAUCAAAGAAAUGGAAUAUUUAGAUAAAGUAUUUAAAGAAACAUUAAGAAUGUAUCCACCAGCAACAAUUUUAAUGAGAAAAGCAACAUCAGACUAUACAUUCAAUGACACGAAAGUUACGAUACCUAAGGAAACCAAAAUUUGGAUUCCAGCAUUUGCAAUACAUCGAGAUUCGGCUAUUUAUCCGAAUCCUGAUUCAUUUGAUCCUGAAAGAUUCGAUAAAGAUGCAAUGGCUAGUCGACAUCCUAUGCAUUAUUUACCUUUUGGUGAUGGGCCAAGAAAUUGCAUCGGUGCGCGUUUUGCGGUUUAUCAAACUAAAGUUGGAUUAAUUACCAUUCUUCGUAAUCAUAAAGUAGAAGUUUGCGAAAAGACAAUAAUUCCUUACGAAUUUGAUCCAGGUGCAUUUUUAUUGAGUCCAAAAGGUGGAAUAUAUUUGAAAAUAACAAAAAGAAUCAACAUGUUUGAUUAUUUUCAAAUAUUAAUUGCACUCGUCGCAAUCUUUCUCGCUUUGUAUUAUUAUCUUACGUCGAAUUUUGAUUUCUGGAAAAAUCGCGGAGUGGUUGGACCCAGACCUAUACCAUUUUUUGGAAAUACAAAGGAUGUCGUAUUAAAAAAAAUUGAAAUAAGCAACUACAUAACGGAAUUAUAUAAAAGAUACGACAAUGAGGCAAUGUUCGGGAUAUUUUUCGGUGGAUCGCCUAAUCUUAUUUUACGUGAUUUAGAUCUCAUCAAAGAUGUUUUAAUUAAAGAUUUCUCGAUAUUUGACGAACGAGGAUUCAAAAUUUCUGAACGGGCUGAUCCAUUGAAUGCAAAUCUUUUUAAUAUGGAUGCUGCAAGAUGGCGAUUAUUAAGAAUAAGAUUAUCACCGGUAUUUACUUCUGGUAAACUGAAGGAAAUGUUUCCCUUGAUGUUAGAAUGCGCCAAACGCUUGGAACAAUGUUUAGAGGAUGUUGUGAAAAAAAGAGGGCCUACGGAUUGUUUUGAAAUAUCAGCGAGAUACACCACAGAUGUUAUUGGAUGUUGCGCUUUUGGAAUCAACAUGAACGCGUUGUCAAACGAACGUAGUGAAUUUCGCAGAAUAGGAAAAAGAAUUUUUGAUCUAGAUAAAAACAUUCUAAGAUCUUUUCUUCGACAAUUUUUUCCACGGUUCUAUAAUUUACUUGGUUUUGUAAUACCAUAUUCAGAAACAAGCAUAUUUGUGACAAAAUUUAUUUCAGAAAUGAUCAAAUAUAGGGAAGAAAAUAAUGUGCUAAAAGCAGAUUUUGUAAACUUAUUAAUGGAAUUAAAAAAACAUCCGGAAAAAUUGAAGAAUAUUAAAAUAACGGAUAGUUUACUUGCCGCGCAAGCUUUUGUUUUCUUCGCGGCUGGAUUUGAAACGUCAUCAACGACAAUGGCACACGCUCUUUAUGAAAUGGCUCUGAAUCCUAACGUACAAGAUAAACUACGAAAAGAAAUAAAAGAAUUCCAUGCCAAAAAUAAUGGGAAUCUUACAUAUGAAGAAGUUAAAAAAAUGAAAUAUUUGGACAAAGUAUUUAAAGAAACACUUAGAAAAUAUCCACCAGGAGUGUUUUUAAAACGAAAAUGCAACUCUAAUUAUACCUUCAAUGGUACAAAAGUAUCAAUACCUGCUGGAACUUCUGUAAUUAUUCCUGUAUAUUCAAUUCAAACAGAUCCAAAGUUCUAUGAAAAUCCAGAUGCAUUUGAUCCUGAAAGAUUUGAUGAGGAUGUAGUAGCUGCAAGGCAUCCAAUGACCUAUUUACCAUUUGGUAAUGGACCAAGGAAUUGCAUUGGAAUACGAUUUGCCGUUUAUCAAACAAAAGUUGGAUUGAUAAGAAUGCUACAAAAUUUCAAAGUAAAUGUUUGCGAAAAAACAAUGAUUCCUUAUAUAAAGAAGUUAAAUUCAUUUACAUUGGCCCCUAAAGAUGGAAUUUUCUUGACAAUAGAAAAAAUAACUGAUUAUGAACAAGUACAAAAUAAUUAACAAAAAAAAAAAAUAAAUAUAAAAACUUGAAAACAUAC